AUGACCGAAAUAGUGAUGUGUCAGACACCGCCGGUCCUUCAUGGCCCCUCAGAGAAGGAGAGGAAAUAUGACCGACAGUUGCGCUUAUGGGCUGCCAGUGGACAAGCUGCUCUCGAGUCUGCAAACAUCCUGUUGAUCAACUCCGGUUCGGGAACCGUGGGAGUCGAAGCUCUGAAGAACCUUGUCCUUCCCGGCAUUGGUCGGUUUACAAUCUAUGACGAGUCAGUGCUCAGUCUGGAUCUCCGCGGCUUAUUAGCUGGCUCUCCAAUCUUUACGAUGAUCUUGUAUUCCCUCCCCAUCCAGCCUCAAGACUUGGCUACGAUCGAGGAAUACGGGAAGAGACACAAGACUCCGUUGUUGGCACUCCACUCAGCCGGCUUCUACUCGUACUUCCGUGCUCACUUACCAGGCACGUUUCCCAUCGUUGACACUCACCCGGACGAGACAGCUACGACGGAUCUCCGACUUUUGGCACCGUGGCCAGAACUGGCCAAUUUCGCCAAGCAGUUGACUUCCGAUAUUGACAACCUCAACAACCAUGAGCAUGGUCACCUGCCAUAUGUUGUCAUUUUGUUGCAUUAUCUUGACAAGUGGAGGGAGCAACACGAUGGUGCCUAUCCCUUGACGUACAAGGAAAAGACCGCCUUCAGAGACAUGGUUGCAGCAGCUGCCCGACGCGACAAUCCCGAAGGUGGCGAGGAGAACUUCGACGAAGCUGUCGCCGCUGUCGUCAAGAAUAUUGUGCCGCCAUCGCUUCCAUCUGGGCUUAAGGCCGUCCUUGAUUACACACCAAAGGACCCUAAUGAGAAGAGUUCUGGGUUCUGGAUGAUAGCCGAAGCCAUCAGGCACUUUUACGAGAAGCACGGAUGUCUACCAUUGCCAGGGAGUGUUCCCGAUAUGAAGGCGCAGUCCAAGAUUUACGUUCAGCUACAGAACAUUUACAAGACGAAGGCUCGGCAAGACGCUGCAGAGGUAUUGGAGAUGGUCCAGAGCUCUCCGGGUGGCGAGGGCGUUGAUCCUGCCGAAGUGGAACUGUUCUGCAAGAACGCAGCAUUCGUUAAACUCAUCAACUCAGCCGAAGGUGGUGACUCUCGCCUCCCCAAGCUUGUGGAAGAUGAACUGGCGAAUGAUGCCAACGCAGAGAUGACAAUGAUGCCACUAUCACUGGCCCCUGUCUAUCUCGCCCUCUCGGCCACCGCACAUGACCCUUCAGCUUCGGCCUCAAGUAUCCUCAGCGCCAUAAGUGGAAUAGUGCCUUUCGCAGCCGGGAAUGAGCGCGUACGCCAGGCUGCGGAAGAGGUGGCGCGAGCGGCAGGCGGCGAGCUGCACAACAUCUCCGCCCUCACUGGUGGCAUGGCUGCCCAAGAAGUGAUCAAGAUUAUCACGAAACAGUACAUACCUAUUGAUAACACCUGCGUGUUUGACGGCAUCGCAAGCCGAUGUCAGGUCCUCCGCAUAUGA